AUGAUCUACCGCGGCAGGAUCAUCCGAGAGGCGCGCAUCAAUGCAGACGGCACGGCGACCGAGGCUGGUGCAGACGAAAACGGCGACACGAACGGCGACGCGAAUGGCGACACCCAGGAGAACGGCGAGUCGCAGACCAGCACCCAGCGCAACGACCCGCAGAACGCCUGGGUCAAGGCCGUCUUCGAGGACGACGCCGAGCAGACACACGAAUGGCAGCGCACCAUCACGAGCUCCGGCGCAAGCGAGUACCGCAUCAACAACCGCCAAGUCACCCAGAAGCAGUACAACGAUGCGCUCGAGGAGCACAGCAUCCUGGUCAAGGCGAGAAACUUUCUCGUCUUCCAGGGCGACGUCGAGAAGAUUGCGACCAUGGCGCCCGAUAAGCUCACCGAGCAGGUCGAGCGCAUUUCUGGCAGCUUGGAGCACAAGGCUGACUACGACCGCCUCAAAACCGAGUCCGAGGCUGCGACCGAAGACAAUGCGAAGCAUCUGCACGAGCGUCGUGGCAUCAACGGUGAGCUCAAGACUUACCAGGAGCAAAAGGCCGAGGCGGACGAGUACGAGAAGAAGAUCGCCGAGCGAGACGAAGCAGUCGUGACAAAGACGCUGUGGAAGCUCUUCCUCUACCAGGAGACCAUGGAAAAGGCACGGAACAAGAUCGCCAGCCACCAAGAAGAGCUGCAAGAGCACAAGCGCAGCGUCGAGAAGUACAACAAGAAGCUGGAAAAGGAGCGGCAAGAGGAGGGCCCAGAAUCAAGGCGCGACGUUUCCAAGACAGACCGCAACAUCAAGGACAAGGAGCGCGAGAUCGAAGACAGGAACAACGAGCUUGCGCCAAUCGAGGAGAAGAUCAGGCUGACCACCGACGCGCGCAAGAAGUACGAGAGCAAGAUCGGCAGCCUCCGGAAACAGCGGGAUGACGAAGCAGCAAAACUGAAGAAAUUCCGCAAGGACCUGGAUGUCGUCGAGAAAGCAGCCAAGAAGUGGGAGGACGAGUUCAAGGCUGCCGCUCAGCGCCAGGGCCGCGAGCUUUCUGAACAGGAUCUCCAGGAAUACAACAAACUCCGUAGCGAUGUUACCAAACGCACUCAUGGUGAUCAGAUGCAAAUCGACAAGCUCAAGCGCGAAGUCGACACCAACCGCGACCAUGUCAGGAAUCUGCAGCAGAGCGUUGAAAGCCACGAGAAUGCCAUAGAGAAGCUGAACGCAGACAUCCGCCAACUCGAGGAGCGCCAACGGGAAUUGAAAGACAAGACCAAGGAUUUGAAUACGACCAGGGCCACCAAACAGCAGGAAGUCAACAAACUCCGCUCGGAUCGCCAGCAGCUCGAGUCCCAAUACGAAGAGAAAAACCAAGUUUUGCGAGAAGCACUUAAGCAGCUUAAAGUAGUCGAGGGCAAUCGUCAAGAGUCAAGAAAAUUACAAGAAGCUCGCAAGGCGAUCGACCGCUUGAGAACUCGUCUCGGUCCAGACAAAGUGCAUGGUCGCUACAGAGAUUUGAUCAGCCCCAAGCAAGAGAAGUACAGCAAAGCCAUGGGUAGAGUCCUGGGACAUCAAAUGGAGACCGUCAUUGUCGACACUGAAGCUACCGCCAAAGAAUGCAUUCAAUACCUGAAGAAUGAGAGGAUCGGUAUCAUGACUUUCAACCCACUUGAUUCCAUCCAAAUCCAAGCAGUCGAUCCGCAACUGAAGGGCGCACACAAGGGCAUGCGUCUCGCCAUCGACUGCAUCAACUACGACCCAAAGCAUGAGCGAGCCAUGGCUGCUGCUUGUGGAAGCACCAUGGUUUGUGACAACGAAAAGGUUGCCAAGGAGCUUCGAUAUGAGCGUCGCAUCCAAGCCAAGGCUGUCACCCUUGAUGGCCGUGUCAUUGGUAAAGGCGGAACGCAGACUGGAGGUGAGGUGAAAGGAGACGAUGGGUUCAAGGAGCAGCAAUGGGACGAGCGGUCUUACCAGAAACUUGCAGACCAAGUGCAACGCUGUCAGAACGAAUUGGCCGCACUGCCCAAGCUAGACCGAAAGCAGGAACAAGAAACACAGCUUGAAGUCGAGGUGCAGUACCUCCAGGAUCAGAUCAAUCGCGCCAACGAGGAAUCCAAGACGCUCACUCGGAAUAUCGACAGUCUCAAGAAACAGAUAGCGCACCACAAGGGCGAGCUACGCGGUGUUCGACCAAACUAUGAAGAGCAAACACGACGGCUCCAGAACAGUGAAGCUGAGCUGCAAAGGUUGCAAGAUGCGGUAAACCAGGUCUCGGACGAAAUCUUUUCUGAUUUCUGCCAACGUCUCGGAUACGACUCCAUUCGCGACUACGAAGCACAACAGGGUACGGUUCAACAAGAAGCGGCUGAGAAGCGAGGAGAAUUUUCUCAGCAGCGCAUGAAGCUCCAGUUCAUGCUCAAGCAGACAGAGUCACAACAUGCUGCUGCAGAGACACGCCUGCAAGCAGCUGAGGAUCAAAUCAAGAACCAGAUAGCCAUCAUCACAGAGCUUGAAGAAAAACAAGAGGGCCUGCAGAAUGAUAUCGAUGUCCUUAUGGCGGAGCUUGAGACAUUGAAAGAGCAACGUGAUCAGCUCAACGAAAAGUUGACGGAACGCGCUGCUGCCGUCAGAGAGGCACGACGAGUAUUGGACCAGCGGAACGACAAGGUGAAGAACGUCAUCAAAGAGGUGACCGAGGAGGAUGCAAAGAUCAAGACUUGCGCAACCAACAGAUUCAAUGUCCUCAAAGACUGCAGAGUGAACGAGAUCAACAUACCGCUCACUGCAGACUCAAAGCCUCUUGCAUCUCUUCCGAUGACUGACGCGCCUCGUCCAGAUGCUGAUGCCAUGGACAUUGACGAAGACCCUGAUUCUACGCAGAUCGAGCCUGCCCAAGUUGACGACUUUGGUAUCGAUGUCGAUUUCGAAGAGCUUGACGAAGAGCUGCGCACCGAACUUGUCGAGAUCCUUGAGAACGAGGACGACGCCGACUCUCGCGUCCAACAACAAGCAUUGGACGCCCUGCGCGAGGCCGAAGCCAAACUCACAGACCACAUCACCCGCCUCGAAACGGACAUCAACAAAGCCACGCCCAACAUGCGCGCCGGUGAACGUCUCGCCGCGACUGAAACCCGCCUCAAAGAAGUCGAUGAACACUUUGCUGAGACACGCAAGCGCGCCGCUGCCGCGAAGAAAGCCUUCGAAGACGUCAAGCAGAAGCGCUACGACCUGUUCAUGAAAGCCUUCAACCACAUCUCCGAGAACAUUGGCGGCACAUACAAGGACCUGACCAAGUCGCCACAGUUCCCACUCGGUGGCCAGGCCUACCUCGACAUGGAAGACUCCACCGAGCCCUACCUCGCCGGCCUCAAAUACCACGCCAUGCCGCCCCUAAAGCGUUUCCGCGACAUGGAGCAUCUCUCCGGUGGUGAGAAGACGAUUGCCGCGCUGGCUUUGCUGUUUGCGAUUCACAGCUACCAGCCCUCACCUUUCUUCGUGCUGGACGAAGUAGACGCCGCGCUUGACCACGUCAACGUCUCGCGCGUCGCCCAAUAUGUGCGCGAACACGCUUCGCCUGGUAUGCAGUUCAUUGUAAUCAGUCUCAAGAGCACGUUCUUCCAGGAGAGCGAGACGCUGGUGGGUGUCAUGCGCGAUCAGGCGAAGAUGACGAGCAAAUAUUUGAGCUUGGAUGCUGCGGCAUAG